AUGACUGCUGUGGAGCUCGGGAGGAAAGCAGGGUGGGAAAUGAUGGGGCAUCGGGGAACCAGGGUUGCAUCGGGAUAUGUAUCCAGAACGAAUCAGAGCAGUAUCCGUAUCAAAUACGGCAUAGCCAUGGUUAAGAGAAAAUCCAAGUCUUGUUCUGAAAUCAAGAAGAAGAAACAGCGCAAUGCAUAUGAGCAUGCACAAUCCUUAUCUUGUGAUGAAGAGUUUUGGGAUAAGGAGCAGCAAGAGAUGUAUCUUCAGAUCUAUAAGAAAGCGGAGGUGUUUGCGCAUCGAUCUGUGCACUUAUCUGAUAAUAUUGACACCAAAUAUGAGAAACUUGGUCUCAAGGGAAAUCGAGGUGCUUGCGGUGACAUCCUUCUCAGGCUCACUCGUGCUAUUUACACAGAAGCACCUUUUGAUAUUGCCAAUUUCCUCCUUAGUGAGAUGUGCAUUAUCAUCGAGGAUCCAAACCAUAAGCUGCCUUAUGGGCCUUACAUCUUUUCUCUUCUGCGUCAUUUGAAGAUUAUCAAUGAUGAGAGUAUUGGUGAGACAUGUUCUCUCAGGGCAUACAACCCACUGGCUAUGAAGAAAUCAAAGAAAUCAGUUAUUGUUCAGCUUGAAAAGAAGGUGGAGUCACUUUUGGCUACCUUUAUUAAAAGGAUGGAUGAGUUGGAGCGAAAAGUUGAGGAAUUUGAUAAGCGAAUAAAGGAUGUUGAGACGCUGCUGAAGGGCUCCUCGGAUAUAGUCUUCAGGCGGAGAGGCGGCAAUUGA